AUGCCGUCCAAUAAUAGCAGUUUUUUAGAUAUUGACGAUGAUCUCGAGGGUGUAGAUGAUUUUGGCAACGAGCCCAACCCAUUUGAUGAUGCCACCGUACCUGAUAGCCCAAACAUGAAUAACUCGACUGCUGGAAAGGGUAGCGAAUUUUAUAACACAACGGGCAGUAAGGCAGAAUCCGCACCAUUACAGGGUCAAAUGGACCCACCAGCGUACGACCAAGUGAUAGGACAGAAUGACAACGACGGUCUUGGGCGUAAUGGAUUGAGGCCAGGAUUGAUAAACUACUAUUCUAAAUACUUCCAGAUCGAUUUGACGCAGUUCAAAAAGAGAUUGUCCGCGGUACUGACGUUUAGAAACGAUCAUAAUUCCGAAAGUAACGAAGAUAACACUGAUUUAUACGGUGCUGUAUGGAUCACUGCCACGGUGGUAAUGAUCAAUUUUACCAUGAGUAGGGGGUUAAAUUUUAUUAUCAGUGACGUAAUUGAGGGCGUCAAGACUGGUGAGGACAUCGACAGGGCCAGUCAGUUUAAGAAGCUACUGCAUUCUAUUUGGCUAUUUUACGGGUACACGUUCGGCGUACCAUUUAUUACCAUGCAAGUAUUGAAUAGAGAUGAGCACUCGGAGCGCAAUAGAAGCUUCAAAAGUGUUCCUGAAUUGAUUUCCGUUUACGGGUACGCUAACUUGAUCUGGAUACCCGUUUGUGUUAUAUUGAAUAUAUUGGAUAUGUCCAAGCGCCUGAGGACUGUUCAAGCAAUUCAAUGGGCAAUUGUGGCUCUUGGGUGGGCACAGUCGUCUUAUUUCUUGAAUUCUCAAAUAUCGAGUAAUAAUAAUACGGAGACACAAUCGAACGGGAAAUUUUCGCUGUCCAUCAUCGUUGUCGUUGCGCUGCAUACUUUAUUCUGUCUAUUGUUCAGGUUUAUAAUAUUUUGA